UUGUGCUAUGCUGUCAAUGCCAACCGCACAGUUGGCUGAUAAACGCGGCUGGCUAUCAGUGAAGAGCGCGCCCCACCUGAAGAAAGCUGACGGCAAAAAAAGCUCGUCAAGUUAACUACGUUAACAACUGCGCUCGACGCUGGCCUCGACGGCGACGUUGGCGUCAGCGUCUCUGCUACCGCUGCUGCCUGCCAUUGACCAAUUCGCGUUGUUGGCCCGCUCGACUUGGCGGCGCUUUUUUUACUGGAGUGUAUGUGUGCAAGUAUGUGUGUAUGUGUGUUGCCUUUUUUUCUUGGGGCCGCCGUUUGUCGGUUCAGUUGCUUGGCUGUGGCUUUUGUGUGCGCUCGCCUUGCCGUUAGCUGUUAGCUGUUACCUGUCGGCUGUUCAGCUACCAACAUCUGAUCGCAUGUGCACCCACCGCUAACAACAACAACUUAACCUGGCUCUAACGUUCGCUCGUGAUUGUGAAGUGUUUGCCUUUGAUAAUAACAAACAAAUAGCUCCAAAUAUUAACAAGAAAAUGCCGCAGAGCUCGACAACAAAUUGGUCAUUCCAGCCACUACAUCGACAGCGUAGCGGACAAUUUCAGCACCAUGUGCUUAAUCCGGUGCCGGAGACGGCGGUGCUGACAACACCCCCUCCCCUGCGGAAACCGUUCUCACUGCAAAUAGCUGGCGUCGCUGCUAACGGGGGUGCUGCAGCAUUAGCUGACAAAACCAAACGGAGAUAUUUAACAGCCCGCAAGAAGGUCAAAAGCACCAUGAAAAUGCUUGUCGUUGACACCGAGAGAGAGGAGGCUCUAAAUUUGCAAAUUGAAUUCGAAUGGGUGCUGAGACAAGAGGUUCAUGCGAUCUUAAAGCAAUUGCGAACUAUACUAGUUGAAUGCGCUCAUAGAUUUCCGGUGCCGCUGUACGAUAACGAGGGCAAGAAGACUGAAAAGUUUAUACUCAGCGUUUCACCCGACCAGCUGAAAGCGGUGCUUACCCUGACGGGCGAUGCGAUAACGCAGGCGGAUAUUAGCUUUAAGCUGUGCAAGGCGCCGAGUCAGACGCAACGUACCUCAAUAACACAUGAUUCGCCUUGGAAAUUGCAGCAAGUUCAGGAUGCCGCUAAUCAUCUACAAACCGCAAUCAAUCACAUUGACGACGUUGAUGACUCUUAUCACUUCAAAACCUCCGAUGAAGUGCUCCAUGUGAUAGGCAAUAUUCUGGAUGCAUUGCAGCGCGGUCGCAAUAGCCUGCUGGUGCCGAAGAAGAAGCCAAUUGAGGAGCUAAUCAAGGGACGCAAUAUGAAGUCGCUUGUGCCCAACCUGCCCGAGGAUCUGGCCGUUAGUUUUUAUCUGCAAAGCCAUAAGCUCAUCAUUGCCGUCUAUCAGCUGCUCAACAAUCAGGGCACAAUGCAGUUCGACUCGCGUCAAGCGGAGAUUGGCGUCCAGUGGCUCAACGAUGUCCUCCUGCUGCUGAUGAAUGGCCAGAAACUGUGUCAGCAGCUGAAAGACAAGAUAUCCGUGUUUUCAGUGUAUAAAGAUUUUACAGUUGGUUCGCGAUCGCCGUCAGCAUUAUCGUACUGAAUAGAAUGAAAAAGAAGGAUAUACACAUUUAUAUAUAAUAUAUGUGUGUAUGUGUGCAAGUGUUAUUC